AUGGUGAAGAUAUUUGUUGGGAACCUGAAUCCAGAGUCCAAAGCAUCUGACCUCCGUAAAAAAUUUGAGGCGUUCGGGAAAGUCACAGAAUGCGAUGUAGUUAACAACUUCGGUUUUGUGCACAUGGAGAAAGAGUCCGAAGCUGAGGCAGCUAUCGCAGGUCUCCAGAACGCUUUUCUCGAUGGAGUCAAGAUCAAUGUUGAGCGAAGUCACGGGAAACGUGGUGGGGGUCCUGGGCCUGCAAGGCGUAGAAACGAUGGUCGUUAUCGUGACUAUCCUACAGAUAGAGGUCAGCGUGGACAGCCUCCUCCCCGCUACAUGAACUCCGGUCCUCCACCUCCACGAAUGGGCCGUUAUGGCCCUGCUUGGAAUGAUGGUUAUAGUGGUCCAUAUGGUCCGCCACCGCGCAGCAGUUCACGUGAUAUCCACCAGCUGACCGUGGGGAGCCGCCAAGGUCGAUGGCUCGAGGUCCAAGUCGAGAGCCUCCGCCGCCACCCCAUGGUUCCGGGUACCGCGGACCUCCCCCUCCAGAACCCAUCUCUCCUGUCAGAGACUACCCCUCAAAGCCUGCUCCCCCGAGGUCCAGUUAUGAUGGGUAUGGGGAUUAUGAUCGGUACCGAGAGCCACCACCCCCUUCUGGGCCAUCACGAGAAAGAGACUAUUAUGACACGUACGGAAGCUACAGCAGUGGGACUUAUGAUGACUACAGAGAUAGUGACAGAGGAAUAUCAAAUUAUGAUUCUGGCUACGACUACAGUUAUUAUGAUUACGGCAUGGACAGCAGAUCUCCCGCCCCGCCAAGAUCAGGGUACAACUAUGGUCGCCCAUAAACAAGAAACGUAUCGUGAGAUCAAAUGCGAGGCAACUGCAAAUCACGUAGGCGAGAAUCGUUUGCAUUUAUUACUCGUUAUCUGUUCAUCAUUCGCAUCAACGUAUGACUUCACACUUGGUGGCACUGUUGGCGAACCAUCUGACAUCAAACUACGUACAUCGUCAUUCGUUAUAGGCAUUAAAGUCAAGAAAGUUUGA